UCAAACAGCGGCAACACGAAACUUUACUUCUGUCGCUCAUUAGUUUAGUUUGUGAUUUAUUUUCUAAAAAUGAGUGGAAAUUCUGUUGAUAGCGGAAACCUUUCUAAAGCGUCUGGUUCGGGUUCUGCAUCCGAUGCAUCCGUCCACUCAUCACAAAAUAAAAAAAGGAAAACAAGUAUUUCAAACACAGUUUCACCAACAGGACAAAAAAUUUAUGAUUUUCAUGCCGCUUCUUCGCAACUCAUGUCGCACUAUCACCAAAUUACAUAUAAUGUUAAAGAUAACAAACAAGCCAUUCAAAAAUUGGGUAGUUUGGACACUAUAAUAGAAUCGCUAAAAGCAUCUCGCGAGUCAUUGAUUGAGAAACUAAAGGAUAUUGAAAAACAAUUUCCAAACCCAAAUUACCAAUCUCCAAAAAAAAGGAAACGGUCGCCAAUCGAUAAAAGUGUACCUCAGAACAAUGUAUCAACCGAAGAAAUCAUUGAAGCAUUCAAGCGUGCUUGUCUUAACAUAAUACAACGGACUGCGAAUAUUGUAAGUCAGUCCGAACCAUCAACUUACCAUAUUCAGAGAUUGAAGGAUGUGAAAAGUACAUAUGACGCACACGUAUUUUUGUUGACGGCAGCAAUGGGGAAAAUCGAAAAAAUGUUGGCGCCGAAAAACAUGGAUCCGUUCAAUUUUCUGGGCAAUUUUAAUUCACCUUCAAAUCCAACAUCUUCAUCAGCCAAACCAAAGUAAUAUUGAGAUCAGUGGCCUUUAAUCUAUCAAACCUUGAGUAAUAUGAACAAAAUAGCAAAGUAACAAACAGAAUUCUUCUAUCUUUCUCAAUUAAGUUCGAACAUUUAUAUCCUUGUUGAAUAACUUUUGAUAUUUCAUGGUUCAAUACGUCAAUUGAUUUGAAUUAAAAUGAAUGUUUAUAUGGAAAAUAAUCCA